AUUGCCACUAUCAGACAUGUUAUUGGUUAACUAGCGGUCAAUCAGAGCGACUGCGCCCACAGUUAAGACUCUUGUAUUUAAGACUUCUGCACGGCUAUCGGUGGAUAUUUCUGAAGACAUCUGUCAAUUUACAGCAGAACCUCAAGAAACCAGUGCAACGACUUAAAGCAUACAUUAAAAAUGGAUGUCUCGGAAAUUAACCAUUAUGAACGGAUGUUUGUGGCAGAAGUGAUUGAUCCAUUAGUCGGCGGUCUGAACACCACUUUGUGGCUUGCCAAAAUUUCUGCAGGUUGUUGACAAAGACGACAUGAACCAGGCAUUGUGCGACAAUCCGACAAUCCAUUGUUGAGGCUGAGCAGAGUCUUACGCAGGCUGAAGAAACCGCCAAGGGUCAUGUUGAAAAAGUUGAUGAAAAAUGUGUGGAUCUGGUGUCUGAGAAAAAUCAACUACAAACAGAAGAAAAAGACAAGAGGGACAGUUUAGCUUCAAUGGAGAAGAGCUUAGAGCAUCUGGAAGAAAUGCUGAGGAUUUCAAAGGAGAGCCUGGAUCAAGCACACAAUAAUCUGUCAUCUGCUGAGGAAAGUCUUCAACGAGCUAAGCAAAAAGCAAAAGAAGAAGAGUCCAUCAGAGAAACUGCUGCGGGAAUGAGCUUUAUACCCUUUGUUGGUCCAAUAAUUGGACAAACUAUACUUGGUGUAACUCAGAAGGCUAUUGAAGAUGCAGAAUAUGCUGUAAAAGUUGCACAAGACAAUGUCGACUCUUGGAAAAGCCAAAUCUCCACCUACGAAGGAAACAUCCAAGAUUAUACUAAUAAAAUAGAUGUCCAAAGAAAUGAGAUCGCUUGCAUCAACAGCCGUAUUUUGGAAAUUUCCAGCAUAUUGGAGACCCUAUCUGAGAUGUGCAAGGAGAUGGGAGUGGUGCAGAACACUCUGCAGAAUGCCACCUUCUUCCUGACCACUCUGGCUGGAAAAAUGCAGGCAGCUGAGGUGGAAACCAGGAUUGUCAUCUUUUUUGAUCCUUUAAUUAAUAUUUUAGAUGACCUCUCCCAGUAUCUAUCAAAUCAAAAGUGCUUGGAUCUCCUCCAGCAGGAAAUUCAACCCUUUAUUGAGCAACUGAAAGAAGAAAAUGAGAAGCUCAGAGCUAUUCGUGACCAAGGUGGUAGUGAAGAUGAUAUACAGUUUCUCUAAAGAUGAAAAUUUAAUUGAAUGUAAAAUGAAAACAACCCUCCUUAAAUGCUUUAUCUCUGUAACACAUUGACUCAUUAAACAAUCCGAUCAAGAAA